CGCCCCCCCGAUCCCGCCGCCCGGUUUUCUCCCGCGCUCUUCCCGUUUUUUUUUUUUUUUUUUUCCUCCUCCUAACCCCAGAAGUCUGAAGUGGUUUACGACAUAAAACUUUGUGAUUGGCUACUCCUGCUGUGAGUUCUCCGGUGUCAGAUUGAAUUUGCAUUCUGAAAAUGUCGUAUGGGUCUGUUGAUGGAAGCGGAUUUGGAAGCAGAAAUCCUUUUGGUGGACCCUCUUCGCAAGGAUACCAGCCUCUAGCUACCCAGGUGGACCCAAAUGAACUCCAGGAACUUUUCCAACUUGCCUCCGGAGAUGUGUUUCGAAUAAACAGUAAUGUACAGUCUUUGGAGAGAAUCCUUCGGUCCCUGGGGACCCCUAGUGACUCGCAGGAGCUGAGGGAUCGACUCCAUUUCACCCAGCAGGAGACCAAUAAUAUAAUCGUGUCCAGUACCAAGUCAGUCCGCCAGCUCUCGGAAGCUGUUCGUGGGUCGUCUCAGCAGGAUCAUCUCCAACUUGACCGAAUAAAGAGCCAACUAUCAGAUGCCAUUCAGCGCUAUGGAACUGUGCAAACGAAAAUAGCAGAUAAAUCGAAAUUAUUACUGGCCGGUGGACAGAAAAAUCUCAAACAACAGAGUCCUCGGACCCCGUUUUCUGAUAUUGCGGAUGAUGAAAAGAUAUUCAAUGGUGGCGAUGAAUUAUGGCCAAACCAGAGCCAAAGCCAAGAUCUCGAAGAGAUAAACGAGGAAGAUGUAGAGCACGUUCGUGAGAAGGAAGAUGCCGUUAAACAGAUUGAGAAUGAUAUGAUUGAUGUUAACCAGAUAAUAAAAGAUUUGGCCUCCAUUGUUUAUGAACAAGGAGACUCCAUAGACAGCAUUGAAGCCAAUAUUGAGUCUGCAGGUUCCAACAUUGAUUCUGCCAAUCGGCAACUGGCCAAAGCUAGUCAACAACAGAGGCGCAACCUUAGAAUGGCCUGUGCACCCAGGAAGAGAAAAGAGAAGUUUUCUCCCCUUGAACUUGAAAUUCUGGUGGCUGAAGUGACCAAACAUCACUCUAAGCUUUACGGAAGUGAAAGGGUCAACCUGAGUCAACCAGCAAGAGAGAGGAUUUGGUUAGAAAUUGCCAAGAAGAUUAAUGCUGUAGCAAGGUCACCAAGAACAACCAGGGAUUUGAGAAGACGAUGGGACGAUAUGAAAAGACGUACUAAAGAGAAGCUAGCUAUUAUUAAGCGAACAGUUGUGACUUCUGGUACCGUAAGCAGAAAGUGCAAUUCGAUCUUGCAAAAUGAUGCAAGCAGUGAUGUUUACCCUGGGUUUGGCGGAGAAGACGAUGAUGAUGAUCACGAUGAAAUUGAUGUGGAAGUUGAUACCCCACACAUAGCUCUGGAGCUUCAGUCAGAUGAGGAGGAAAAUGGCCCCGGUUGCACAUGGGUGCCACUAAAAACUAUAGAGAUGCCUGUAGCAGCUGAACACGAUAUGUCAGAUCAUCCUGUUAUAAUUCAGACAUCUGCAUCUUCUCCUUCACCUCCUUCCUCUCCACAAACUCAGCCGAAAUCUACUUAUGUGAGGCGACUUUCACAGACAACUCCGCACCAACGCAGGAAACACGAGGUUUCAGAGUUUGAAAAACAAUUAAUGGAAAGUCAGCUACAGCAAAAUACUCUUUUAUCUUCCUGGUAUCAGCAACAAACGUCACUUAUGGUUCAGCAGAACCUCGUCCUGGAGAACCUUGUGGAACAGAGCAGGCGUCUUGCUGACAAUGUAGAGAUGCUAAAUAGGACCUUGGAAAAACUAGUGGACAGUAACCAUUCACGUAAAGACACUGUACAUUUUGUACAAGAUCGGAACCCAGGGCCUCCUGCCCGUGCAUCUCACAGGAUAGCAGGCGGUGAGCCAGGGGCACCCUCGGGCGUCGAGGUCUUUUCUGGUAUGAUCCUUAAAGUUGAGGAGGAGAUUUAAAACAUUUCAUUUUACGGAAAUCAACGUAAAUGACUUUGACAAUGAAUCUAGAACAAUUUUUAUAUUGACCAUUCGAUAUGUUUUGUUUUUCUCCCCCCGCCCCCUUAGGUAGUUUAUACCUGUUAGAUCGAUAUUGGAAAAAAAAUCUUCCCUCAAUACGAUGCAUACAUAGAGCCAUUUUUGUAGAUUGUGAGAUACGUUGUGCAUAUUUUCUAAUUGAAUUUAUCGGUUUGUGAGGAAAUAUUUUGUAUGUGUUCUUUUUAUUCCAAAAUAAUAUUUUUCUUACAUAAAUUUAAAAAAAGAUAAAAAGUAAAAAAUGUCAUAUUCAUAUUUAUCAUACUGGAAUAGAUAGGGUUUUCUUUUUUGUUUGUUUCUGACUGAAUGUAAUACAGAAUCACUAAUAUUAACUCAAGGAAUUGACUUUGCAGGUAGGAAUUUGAGGCACUGUAAAGCAGCAUUGAAUAUGUCACUCUAAAACAAGGGAGCAUAGCGUAUUAUCACACAGAAACAUGGCUAAGCAAUAUCUUAGAGAAACAUGCAAGGGGUGAUGAUGGGAGUGGGGGGCUAUAAUCUCCGUAAGGCCCAGCUCAAGAAAACAGAAUAUAUUUUAUCAAUUUUAAAUAUACAGAAGUUAUACUAAUUU